AUGGCCGGCUCCUACCCUGAAGGUGCACCUGCAGUCCUCGCCGAUAAGAGGCAGCAGUUCGGAAGCCGACCGCCGGCCACGAGUCAAGCUGCCCUACCCGAGGCACUCUCCAAGGGGAGAGAAACUCCUAGGUCAGCGACUCACCCUGCUCGCAGCCAGGACGUGAGGCCCCGACGCUGCCCGUUUGAUUUUCUCGGGGACAAUGUGGAGUGGUCGGAAGAGCAAGCCGCGGCGGCGGAGAGAAAAGUCCAGGAGAACAGUAUCCAGCGGGUGUGCCAGGAGAAACAAGUUGAUAAUGAGAUCAAUGCCCACAAAUACUGGAAUGACUUCUACAAAAUCCACGAAAAUGGGUUUUUCAAGGAUAGACAUUGGCUUUUUACCGAAUUCCCUGAGCUGGCACCUAGCCAAAAUCAAAAUCAUUUGAAGGAUUGGUUCUUGGAGAACAACAGUGAAGUACGUGAAUGUAGAAACAAUGAGGAUGGACCUGGUUUAAUAAUGGAAGAACAGCACAAGUGUUCUUCGAAGAGCCUUGAACAUAAAACACAGACACCUCCUGUGGAGGAGAAUGUAACUCAGAAAAUUAGGGACCUGGAAAUUUGUGCUGAUGAGUUUCCUGGAUCCUCAGCCACCUACCAAAUACUGGAGGUUGGCUGUGGUGUGGGAAACACAGUCUUUCCAAUUUUACAAACGAACAAUGACCCAGGACUCUUUGUUUAUUGCUGUGAUUUUUCUUCCACAGCUAUAGAACUGGUCCAGACAAAUUCAGAAUAUGAUCCUUCUCGGUGUUUUGCCUUUGCUCACGACCUGUGUGAUGAAGAGAAGAGUUACCCAGUGCCCAAGGGCAGUCUUGAUAUUAUCAUUCUCAUAUUUGUUCUUUCAGCAAUUGUUCCAGACAAGAUGCAGAAGGCUAUCAACAGGCUGAGCAGGCUUCUGAAACCUGGGGGGAUGGUACUUCUGCGAGAUUACGGCCGCUAUGACAUGGCUCAGCUUCGGUUUAAAAAAGGCCAGUGUCUAUCUGGAAAUUUCUACGUGAGAGGUGAUGGAACCAGAGUUUACUUCUUCACACAAGAGGAACUGGACAUGCUUUUAACCACUGCUGGACUGGAAAAAGUUCAGAACCUGGUGGACCGCUGACUGCAGGUGAACCGAGGGAAGCAACUGACAAUGUACCGGGUUUGGAUUCAGUGCAAAUACUGCAAGCCCCUUCUGUCCAGCACCAGCUAAGAGGCACCUGCUGCCAACACGAUGCAAGCCCGUUGUGUUUCCGAGCUUUUUUUAAAAAAAAUUUGUAGCACCGGGCAUGGUGCAUGCCUGUAAUCCCAGCCACUCAGGAGGCUGAGGCAGGGAGGAUCCAUUGAGCCCAGGAGUCCAGCCUGGGCAAAAUAGCGAGAGACCCUGUAUCUGAAAGUAAUAAUAAAAUAAAAAGAAUAUAAAUGAGGUCUCGUUGAUGUUGGACAAUUCAAGAAUUCAGACUUGAACCUUAAACCUAGGAAAAGUUACUUUGUAUCAGGAUUCUAACAAUUAUACUUCAUAUUUGUGAAGUCGUUUAAAACAUAAUUUUCUCAAGUUCUUUCUUUGAGACCUCAAUCUGUCUUAGCAUUUUGUAACUAAUAACUGAAAUUUUAUUCAAAGGAAUUGUAAACCUUAAACCACCAAUUUAUUUCCAUGUGAAAAAGUGUUAUAUAUGACAAGUGUUUUUUGACUGUAAUUGCGUUAAAUCUUUUGAGAGUGUAAAUGCCGGGCUAGGCAAUUGCAGUUAAUACAUACAGGGGUUAGUGAAGGGCUUAUUAAGUUGUAGGGGAAGCAAGCUGGGAAGAAUCAGAUCAGAUAUUUUCCUGACAAAAAAAAAAUGACCCUGUAGACAGCAUCAAAAUGUGGUGUUCUCGUUAAGUAAUUGAUCGUGGUCUUCGCUUUAAUCUUAGUUCCGCCAGGCGCGGUGGCUCACACCUGUAAUCCCAGCACUUUGGGAGGCCGAGGCGGGCAGAUCAUCUGAGGUCAGGAGUUCGAGACCAGCGUGGCCAACAUGGUGAAACCCCGUCUCUACUAAAGAUAAAAAAAUUAGCUGGGUGUGUUGAUGGGUGCCUGUAAUCCAGCUACUCGGGAGGCUGAGGCAGGAGAAUCACUUGAACCCAGGAGGCAGAGGUUGCAGUGAGCUGAGAUUGCGCCGCUGUACUCCAGCCUGGGCAACAAAGCAAGACUCUGUCUCAAAAAAAUAAAAAAAAUCUUAGUUCCAUGGAAUUUUAAGCACUGUUCCCCCUCUAACCUAUGUCUAAAGAAUUAAAAGAAUUUGGCCGGGUGAGGUAGCUCAUGCCUGUAAUCCCAACACUUUGGGAGGCUGAGGCAGGUGGAUCACGAGGUCAGGAGAUCGAGACCAUCCUGGCUAACACGGUGAAACCUCGUCUCCACUAAAAAUACCAAAAAAAAUAGCUGGGCAUGGUGGCAUGCGCCUGUAGUCCCCUGUAGUUCCAGCUACUCAGGAGGCUAAGGCAGGAGAAUCGUUUCAACCUGGGAGGCAGAGGUUGCAGUGAGCCGAGAUCAUGUCACUGCAUUCCAGCCUGGGCAACAGAGGAAGACUCUGUCUCAAAAAAAAAAAAGAAAAGAAUUUUCACUUUUUGCAAAAUUAUCUUUUUUUACUGCACCCUUAAGUGUUUGACACAAAAGGAAUUGAGAGAACUUCUUAAUUUUAACCACAUCAUCACUUCACUUCUGAAUGUGAUCACUGUCAGUGUUAGAUGCUUUUUUUUUUUUUUUUUUUUUAGGAGACAGGGCUCUCACUUUGUUGCCCAGGCUGGAGUUCAGUGGUGCAAUGAUAGCUCAUUAUCACCUCGAACUUCUGGCUCGAGCCAUCCCUCCACCUCAGCCUCCUGAGUAGCUAGGACUGCAGGUGGGCACCAUCAUGCCUAGCUAAUUGUUAGAUCCUUUUUUUUUAUGUUCUGCAUUUUUUCAAUUAUUUUUACAUAUUUCUGUCUUGAUCCAUGUGGUUAUAGGAUAUAUCCUUAAUUUUAGAAAGUAAGGACUUUUCGACCAGGCAUGGCGGCUCACGCCUAUAAUCCCAGCACUUUGGGAGGCCGAGGUGGGCAGAUCACUUGAGGUCAGGAGUUCCAGUCCAGCCUGGCUAACAUAGUGAAACCCCGUCUCCACUAAAAAAUAAAAAACCAGCCCAGCAUGGUUGUGGGCGUCUGUAAUCCCAGCUACUCAGGAGGCUGAGGUAGGAGAAUUGCUUGAACCUGGGAGGCGGAGGUUGCAGUGAGCCGAGAUGGUGCCAUUGCACUCCAGCCUGGGCGACAAGAGCGAAACUGCAUCUCAAAAACAAAGAUGCCUAGCUUUCACCUUGUUGAUGUUUUUCUAAAUUUUGGAAUAAUAAAUUUAUAUAGGAAUACUGCAAGAAUAGUCCAUUUUUUUCUGAUGUCCCAACAUCAGCAAAUAUAUUACCAAAUAUAUCCAUCACAAGUAGGAAUACAUGGAAACAUUAAUGCCAGCCACUAACCAUUCAUGUUUACUCAGUAGUCCCAAUAAUAGCUUUGUCACACAAAAACAUGAUUAUGUUGGCUGAGCACAGUGGCUCCUGUAAUCCUAGCAUUUUGGGAGCCCAAGGCAGGAGGAUGACUUGAGGCCAGGAGUUCAAGACCAGGCUGGGUAAUGUAGCAAGACCCUGACUUUUUUUUUUUUUUUUUUUUUUUUUUUGAGACGGAGUUUCGCUCUUGUUGCCCAGGCUGGAGUACAAUGGCACGAUCUCGGCUCACCGCAAUCUCCGCCUCUCAAGUUUAAGUGAUUCUCCUGCCUCAGCCUCCCAAGUAGCUGGAAUUACAGGCAUGCACCACCAUACCCAGCUACAUUUUUUGUAUUUUUAGUAGAGACAGGGUUUCUCCAUGUUGGUCAGGCUGAUCUCGAACUCCUGACCUCAGGUGAUCUGCCCGCCUUGGCCUCCCAAAGUGCUGGGAUUACAGGCGUGAGCCACCACGCUCGGCCAAGACCCUGACUUUUUAAAAAAUGUUAAAAAUAGGCCGGGUGCGGUGGCUCACGCCUGUAAUCCCAGCACUUUGGGAGGCCAAGGUGGGCGGAUCAUUUGAGGUCAGGAGUUCGAGACCAGCCUGGCCAACUUAAUGAAACCCCAUCUCUGCUAACAAUACAGACCGGGCAUGGUGGCUCACACCUGUAAUCCCAGCACUUUGAGAGACCAAGGCAGGUGGAUCACCUGAGGUCGGGCGUUCGAGACCAGCCUGACCAACAUGGAGAAACCCCGUCUCUACUAAAAAUACAAAAUAGGCAGGUGUGAUGGCGCAUGCCUGUAACCCUAUCUACUUGGAAGGCUGAGGCAGGAGAAUCACUUGAAUCUGGGAGGCGGAGGUUGCAGUGAGCCGAGAUGGCGCCAUUGCACUCCAGCCUGGGCAACAAGAGUGAAACUCCAUCUCAAAAAAAAAAAAAAAAGUACAAAAAUUAUCUGGGCAUGGUGGUGGGCGCCUGUAAUCCCAGCUAUCUGGGAGGCUGAGUCUAGAGAAUCAUUUGAACCUGGGAGGCAGAGGUUGCAGUGAGCCGAGAUCGCGCCAUUGCACUCCAGCCUGGGCAACAGUGAGACUCCGUCUCAAAAUAAAAAACAAAAAAAAAUGUAAAAAAUAAAUAACUGUAUUGAUUUUAUUA